UUAAUAUAAACCAUAAAAACUCAAUAUUUAAUAAAUAUGGAUAACGUUACUCUCGUGACCUCUACGGAUGUCGGCGGUCUUGACUUCAAAACCGCCCUCCCUGGCCAUGCUUACCCCUAGCCAUGCAUGCUCGAAGAGCUGGCUUGCCCGAACCAAAAUAGGAAACAGAGAAAGGAUUCCUGACUUGGGUUGGAGGCCAAUGAGAUUGGGGAGUUUUCUUUGCUUGAUUUACUCUUGGGAGCACUGGAGGUGGGUUUGUGGAGCAGUAGAAUUAAGGAGUGUAGGCCAUUAGAAAGGUGGGGAUAGGGAUAGCAAGGGUUUUUGUUUGGCUUCCAAAGCUACUGGUGUUUUCGCACGGGCAAAAAUGGCUGCUGAGUUGUCGGUUGGAUAUUCCGUGGUUCAUGUUCUGAAUGAUAUCUACUCUGUGGUAACUAAGCCGCUGAUCCACUCAUCUAAGUUUCAGAAAGGAGGCCAUGACACAACAUGUCAGUCAGGAAAGCUGCCUUUCCUUUUGGAGCACUGCCAAGGCUGCAAUGUGUUUCUGGGUCCUGAAAUGAACUGCUGAGGCCAUGGUAUCAAUUUUUGGGUUUGCUAUGGUGCUUGCCAAUGCUCAAAUUGCUGCUAGGCAGAAGCCAUACCACUGCCCAAGAAUGCAUUUCUUGGCUAAAUGCUUUGACAAAUCCCUAUCUUCGAAUUAUUGCAAAGGCUUUCUAAUGGAUAGGAUUCCUGAUUUUUCUGACAUCUGGGAUUGCUGGCUUUCUCAAGCUAAAAGGCUUUCCAGUGGAAUGGACAUUGAAGAUUCAUCAACAAUGGCCACUUUCCUUUGACUUGGUUGGUAGUGGGCAGAUCAAGUUGAUGAUAAUGGCAAGCUCUGAUCAUGCACUUCAUCAGAUUGAUUGCCAACAAUUAAAGAGAAUGGCUCUUACUCACAAGGUUCCUUUGAUGAAAAAGGUGAACAAUGUAGCUUUGGCCAGUGCAGAGGUAAGUAGCAGCUUGAAGUCAUACACGAUUGACAUGUUUGCUCUUCAGGAAUUCUUAAUGAGGAGCUCAAUGCAGCGGGGGAACAAAAGCUUGUUAUGUGCCACUUCCUCUCCAUGGAUUGCUAGGUAUUUCUGUCCCCGAGCCAUUGAAAUUGAAAAAGGAGCAAAGAAUUUUGAGGACAUGGAGGUUGCAUUUAGCUGUAGUCAAGUGUUUUCAGUGAUUGCUAGCGGUCUGAGUGGGAAAACUGGCUGCAACCAAGGACCCUGCUGCCCUAAAACCGUGUGGGCCUUUAUCUUUUUAAUAAGCUGAAUGAACAGCCAAAUGCAAAAUUCUAUACAUCUCGUAACCUUUGACAAUACUUUCAGUCAUGUGCAAUGUUAUGUCUGACUCAUUAUACAGAUACGUGUAUUCGUCAUGUUUGUUAUGAUUUUUUAUAUAAAUUUUGAGAAUCAUAUGCAAAGUGAAAGGGCCGAAACGUGUCAGACAUUUAGAAUCGAACCAUUCGUCUAAGAUAC